CAUCGCCAAAGGCUGACUCAUGCAGUUUGCCAGUGAGAAAGGAGGUGCAGAAGGGUGCGUGUAGCCCUCUAGGCCUCCUUUUUCAUCGCCGAAAGCCAACUUCAGCGGUGAGAAAGGGGCCUCCUUUUUCAUCGCCAAAGUCUUCUUCAAGCCCUUUGCUGACGAGAAAGAAGGGAGCAGGCAAUGAAACAGAGAGGCUGGAGAGGAGACAGUUCUUCAUAAGCAAACUGCAAAUCAGAUGCAAACUGAUUCUUUGUCUCCAUCUCCUAAGACUGUGUCGCCAGUGCCUUUAAAUAACGCCACCAGUGCCCCAAGGUUUGGAACAGUUAUUCCUAAUCGCAUCUUUGUUGGAGGAAUUGAUUUUAAGACUAAUGAGAAUGACCUGAGGAAAUUUUUUUCCCAAUACGGCUGUGUAAAAGAAGUAAAAAUAGUAAAUGACAGAGCUGGAGUAUCAAAAGGGUAUGGGUUUGUCACAUUUGAAACUCAGGAAGAUGCACAAAAAAUUUUACAAGAGGCUGAAAAAUUAAAUUAUAAAGAUAAGAAACUGAACAUUGGUCCAGCAAUAAGAAAACAACAAGUAGGGAUUCCUCGUUCCAGUAUAAUGCCAGCAGCUGGAACAAUGUACUUAACAACUUCAACUGGAUAUCCAUACACUUACCAUAAUGGAGUAGCUUAUUUUCACACUCCUGAAGUUGCAUCUGUUCCUCAGCCAUGGUCACGUUCAAUUUCUAGUUCUCCUGUGAUGCUAGCUCAGCCAAUUUAUCAACAACCAACAUAUCACUAUCAGGCUCCUGCACAGUGCCUUCCUGGACAAUGGCAGUGGAGUAUUCCCCAGUCACCUGCUUCUCCUACUUCAUUCUUUUACCUUCAUCCUUCUGAAAUUACUUAUCAACCAUUGGAAAUUGCACAAGAUGGUGGAUGUGUCCCUCCUCCUCUUUCCCUAAUGGAAGCUGCAGUUCCAGAGCCAUAUACUGAUCAUGGAGUGCAAGCAGCAUAUCACCAAGUUUAUGCUCCAAGUGCCAUAGCCAUGCCAGCCCCUGUGAUGCAACCGGAGACUAUUAAAGAAGCCAGGAUACAUUCAGUGAGAAGAAAUUUUUCUCAUCCUUCAUCUAUGAGUUUGAAGCCUCGAUAUGCACGAACUCCUCAUUUUCACCCUAGAAAAGAUUACAGAUCAGAUGACAGUAUGCUCAAUACUUCUUCCUCUACAGACUCUGUUAAAUAAAAUGUUAGAUAUCUACCAAAUAUGUUAACUCUUAAAGGUAUGUAAUAUUUGCUUAUAUUUGCUGAAUACAAAAUUCCUCUCUUGUGUAGGGGUAUUAAAAAACCCUUGCUCUUAUGAACAUAAAGUUAGUAAACAAACUGCAGGAUAAAAAUCAUGGUUACUGUUAUCAAUUGGUAUAUUACUAUGGUGACACAGACCAAUAAUUUGUAAUAUGCAGACUGUGCAUAUAUUGCUUGUUUUAAACAAUACAUUUUAAAACCAGCAUCUUUAUAUUGUAAGGCAAGCCUAGCAUUUAUCUUCAUCUGAUAAAUUACAAGGGUGAUGUAAUAAAACAACAAAAAACAUUUUUGUUAGACUGAAUUCUAGCAAAUAUCAGAUUCACAUUAUUUUAUCCAAUCUUUCCAUUUCAGUUCAAUUUAUUUUAUAUAUUUUUUAAAAAUCUUUUUUACAUCUUGAAGUUAAUUUCAGUAAGUUGGAAGAUUAUUUAAGAUUUUUAAAGUCCUUUUUUAAAAACUAUAGGACUGCCAGCUUAUAUAUAUAUAACAUUUUGAUUUUUAUGGCUGAUAAUUUUCUUAAAAUUCUAAACAUUAUACAUAUAUGUAUUUUGUUUAAUGUUGAGAUUACAAUAGGCAUAAAUAAUACUGCAUACACUUAUAGCUUUUCCCCUGUUUAAGUGCAGAAUCAAAUAAGAUCUCUGCCUAUAUCAUGUCUAGUGUAUUCCUCUACACUAUAUUACACAACACUACACAGAUCAGAAAAGUUUGCUUAUUCCUUUUUCUAGUAAAUUUUUAUUACAAUCUCUCAAACUUAAUAUAGCAGAAUAAAUAAACAUGAAACAAUUACUAUAGAAGCCCAUUCUUGUAAUUAACAGUCAAAUAUUUUUCCAUUUUCUAAUUUUAACUGAAAUAUUUUUCAUAUUUUAAUUUUUUUAGUCAGCUUUAGAGCUAUUUUUGUGGUUGGAAGGUUUUAUUUAUUAAUACUUUUUACGGGAUUGUUUUAAAGCAAUAAUAGUUUUGCCAGCAGUAUUUAAGUAAUUUAUUUUGAAAUUUCUUUUCUGUUUAACAUUAUAUUAGAUGCCUAUAUAGCUGGCAGUUUUUUUGGUAUAUAUUCAGACUCUUAACACUGGCUUUUCUAGUAACAUUAAUAACAAUGUUUAUGACAAAAGAUCAAUCGGAAAAGUAUUUUAUACUUUUUGUAUAAAUGUUUAUGAUAGCAGACCUUAGUCAUUUUAUGUCAAAUAUAAAUAAUUUGAAUUGUUGAAAAUAUCAUACUAAUGUUUGUGUUUUGAUAUUUGCAGAGGUUUUAAAAUAUAUAUAAAGAUGUUGACAUCUCUUGAAACGGCUUUAUAUAUAUGAAAGGAUUUGCUCUGUUGUAAAUAUUCUCGUAAACAAUAUAGAAGUAGACAUGAAAAGGCCAUGUGUUCUGUUAUUAUGGUCUUAUUACUAUCAUGAAACAUCCAAGUAGUCAGGGUUAAUUUUAAACCCUUUGCUUGGGUUCCCAUUUUUUUCUUUGUAGAAUAUAAAAAUAAAAUGUUGAUUUCCUGAAAAUAUUUCAGAAUAUCCAAGGAAGCACUUGGAAAACAAUAUACUUGAAAUUCUUUAUUCCAAAUAUUGUGUUACAGUUAUUGAUAUGCCUAUCAGGUAAGAAAAUACAUAUUUCCCACGUGAAUUAAUUCUACAUAAAAGAACAGUGAAAACAUCAAGUUUGUUUCAUAUUUGGCCAAAAGUUUAUUUCAUGCCAUUAUAUAUAAUAACAGAAAUAAUUAAUAAGCAGGUCCCAAAUGUUUUAAGUGUAUUAUGUCCAAAAGUAUUAAAACUGCUUUCUUUAAUUUGGUUCUAUAAUGGACUAUCACAAUUCUUAUCAAAUUGCAUGAGCAUUUUUCAUAGACUUCAUACAUCACAGAGCUUGGAAUACUACCUGGGAAAAACUAUUACUCUUCUAUUUUUUAUUAUGUUUCUCCAUAAAAAGCCAGUAGUUCCUGAAUAUGUUUAAUAUUCAGUCAUCUGUAUGCUACUUGAAAGGCUAGAUUUAUAAUAUUUUAAUAUACAGGACUUACAUUUUUCUGUUCAAAUGUUUAUUAAGAAUACGAAGUAGAAUCAUACUAGCCAUGGAUUUAGAGAUAAUUUAUUUAAAUAAUAUGUCGAUAUGAUCAGAACUCCAUAUUUUGAGAAAAAGAGUGCUAUAAUGUUGAAUAAACAGGAACUUCCUGUUACUGGAAAAAUGGCCUGUUUUGAAAUUUGAAAAAAAAUACAAACACCAAAUGUUACCUUACGAACCAGAAAAAUGUUCAGUUUAAUAAUAAAUCAUUUAACCUUCCACUUCAAUUUUUCUUUAUGCUUUCAAUAUCCUAAAAAAUCCAUUUAAUAAAUUACUCAACAAAGACAUUCUACCUAAACCUUAGUCUUAAAUAACAGAACACAUGGCUUUGCAAUAUAUAUAUUUACCUAUAUCUUAGCAUAGUUUUAGAAUGCAAGUUUAUAGUAAUACAUGGUUCUAAGUGUUAAGUAAAAUAAAAUAGUAAUUUCAGGGGUUUAGAAUAAUUUUUGUAGCGUAGCAAAUUUUAAAAAAACAAGUGACAAGCUAUUUGAGUAAAAUAUGUAUAUGUACUGUGGAAAUUUAUUUUUAUAUAUGUCAAUUCUUUUAUUAUUGUGAAAGUCUAUUUUUAAACAGUAUUAUUAUAUGUAAGAAACUUGAAAAAGUACCUUCUUUUGAACUUCAAAACAAGAAGGUGCUUUUCAAAAUGGUUGAUACAUUAUUCUAAAAAUACCUUUAACAUGGCAGUUACAAGUGGGCUUUAGGAUUGUAUUUUAUAAUAUAGGGAUAUUUUCCCAGGCAUGUAUAUAUCAUCAUAAGAAGCCUUUCAUAAAGAUGUAAAUCAUAACCAAUAUUUUUUUAAAAAUGCUUGCCUAGCCAUAGAAAUAUUAUGCCUAAACUGAUAAAUUGUCUUCUUUGCACUACAGUGUAUGCAUUUGCUAUAAUUACUACAGCCUUAAAGACAAUAAUAUGGAUGCACAGAAAAAUGUUUUAUCAGUAUUGAAAGUUUUGUAAGCCUAUUAGCUGAAUGUUUUCUGUAGCCAUUAGUCAAUUUCAGGCACAAAGGUAGUACACAGAAGAUUACAGCAUUCUUUUUUGUCUUUCCAAAUAGACAUAAUCCUCAGCAUUACAUAUUAAAGCAACAAGGGGAGCUAAGCAGGUUCAUUUAUUAAAGACCUAUUAAAGCUUUCUUUUUUUUUUGUACACACAGAGAGGAGUAAGCAGUUCUGUUAAUAAAUACUGUAAAAGGUCUUUGUACAGGCACGCUAAAUCUAUGCUGGACUGGAUUGUUUCAUGAAUGUACUGUAUAAUAAAUACAGACUAACAAAUCAGUUCCUGUACAUUGCAUCUUUUAAUUAAAGUGGUUUUGUAAUAAAGGUUUAUCUCAAUAAAGCAUUCUGUAUUUAC